AUGAUAUCGAAAGCAAACUCUUUCCUUGGAGGUUUAUUUAUGCGCUUCAGAUGGAAUUAUUUCUCUAUUUUGCUACUCUUUCAGUAUUCUGGCAUAAGCGUUGGCACGGUGCACAAGAAGGACGUCAUGAAAGCAUCGAUAAUGGUGGAGAGAGACCUUAAAUGGGCUGUGAUACUCGCCUUCGACGUCAAAGUUGACAAGGACGCACAGCGGUUCGCCACCGAGGUUGGUGUGCGUAUAUUCACCUCCGAAAUUAUCUACCACCUGCAACAGAAAAUGGAGGAAUAUGUGGAGGAACUAAUGAAGGAUAACCGACGCAAGCAUCGUGAUCAGGCCGUCUUCCCAGUGAAACUGACCAUCCUACCGGACAUGGUAUUUAACAAGCGCGCUCCUAUUGUGAUGGGUGUGCGGGUGGAGGCCGGCCUCUUGCGCGAAGGCACACCAAUUUGUGUACCCACACGGGAUAAUAUUUGUUUGGGUCGCGUCUUCUCAAUCGAAUCCAACCACAAGACCGUGCCCGAAGCACGCACCGGUCAGGAAGUCUGUGUCCGAAUCGACCCACUGGAGAGCGAAGCUCCAAAACUCUUCGGUCGACAUUUCGACCAUACCGAUACUCUCAUUUCGAAGAUUUCAAGAGAAAGUAUAGAUAUUGUAAAGGAAUUCUUCAGGAACGACCUCAACAAGGAGGACUGGAAGCUUAUGGUAGAGCUCAAGAAAUACCUCUCAAUCCUGUGA